AUGGAAAGUGAUACCUUUAACUUUGACAAGUUUAAGGUACCAGAUGUUCUAAAGUCUUUAUAUAAAGCGGAAAAGAGCAUAUGGAAGCUUAAUGCUGAAAAUUACCUUUCUAUUUUCAAUAAUCUUAUUACAUCUCUUGAAACGAAGCAAAUUGCACUUCCUCAUAUUUUAAGAUCGAUUAGUGCAGCAAGUAAAUGCCGUUGGCGCUCUCUUCAGUAUUAUCUAAAUUUAUUCGACUCGUUAGUCGAUAUUUAUCACUUCGAAAACUACUCUGAUUACAUCAAUCCGCAAUUCAAGAAAUUUGUUCAAAGCAAAGGCCAAGACAGAGAAUACUACGUUCAAAAUAUUUAUGAAAACAAAGUUCUUAACUAUAUCGCAUUCGAUAACGUCGAAGAAAUCAAGAAAUUACUCACCGAGCCGAAUUACAAGUUUCCAACUGAAAAAAUUGGAGAUUAUGAAAUGAAUUCAGUUGAUUUUGCUGUUUUUCACGGCUCUCUCAACUGCUUUUUCUUCUUCAUAGCUAAUGGUCUCCAACCUGGCAAGCAUGCUUAUCCGCUUGCUGUUUGUGGCGGAAACUCCGAAAUCUUACGACAUCUCGAAGACAACAUAGACAAAGCUGACAGAGACCUCUUUAUUGGCUCAUUCAAGUACGCUGUCAAGUACCACCAGCACAACAUCAUUGACAAAAUCCUCAAAAUCUACGACGGAAGAGCCGAAAUCAACGCAAAUUUCGCAAUGAUGAAAUACGUCAAUAUAAAAGCGGCACUUUUCCUAUCAUCCUUCCAUAUAUGUGAUUCGAUUCCACGUCCACACGAGAACCACAGCCACAAGCCAUACGAAGAAGUUGUUAAUUAUUUGGCAUGCGUUGGCGAAUUCGACAAAAUGACGAAAUUUGUUGAAAAAAUGAACAUGAAAGACACAUUGAAACAAGAAGAAAUUCGUCAUACUGUUGAAUUAAAGAAGCGAUCAAGUCAAGUUCAUUCCUUCAUGCACAAGCAAGUUUCCUAUUCAUUUGAUGGAGAAAGCUUCAAUUAUACAUACAAUGAUUAUCCAGCUUUAGUUUUUGCUUUAAUUCAAAAUAAUCAAGAAAUGAUUCAUUAUCUUGUUGAAUGCGGAUGUGCAAUUAACUUCACUUUUGUUUAUAAUGGUGUUGCUUAUACUCCUCUUUCUUAUUCCAUCACGAAGAAGAACAAAGACAUCGCAUUGAUGCUUAUUGAAAAAGGAGCAAAUGUUUUUUAUUUGCAAAGAAGUCCGAAGAACAACAAAUCAUACGAACUCUUCUUGUACAGUAUGGUAAACGAGAUGCCUGAAGUUGCUGCUGCUUGCUUGAAACAAGGCGCUUCUACACUUAGAAACGUUAUUCGCUUCAAAAAUGAUGGAAAACAAUUCGAUUUGUUGGAAACUCCAUUAAUGAUUUGCUGCAAAUACGGAUAUCUUGAUUUGGUUAAGGAAUGCGUUGCACAAAGAGUAGAUGUUAACAUAAAAUACGAAAAAUAUCCUUACUUCUAUAUGACGGCGUUAAAAUACGCAUGUCGAAAUGGAUAUUACGAAAUUGCAAAAUUUUUGGUCGAAAAUGGAGCUGAUGCUAAUGACCAUUAUCGAAGAUCCUCGAAGUAUCCACACGCGACACCAUUAAUGUACGCUGUUUAUAGUGGAAAUGCCGAAUUAGUUGAAUUUCUUCUGAAAAAUGGAGCUGAGCCAAAUAUUGUUCUUAAGAAGUACCAGACUGUUGAUGAUAGACAGAGCUAUGAAUAUUUCACCGCUCUGGAUAUCACAAUUGCAAUGAAAUCUGAAAAUAUAAUUAAAAUUCUUGAAGAACAAAACGCGAUGACUUACAAAGCUAUCCAAGCUCUUCCAAAACCACCUAAGCCUCCGAAAACUCAAGAACCAGCUCAAGAAACAAAUCAAGCAAGUGACGAACCUUUGGAACUUCCGGAACAAAGUCAAGAACCAGAACCACCACAUGGACCAGAGCAGGUCCAGACUCUUGAACCAAAUCUACUUCCUCAAAUUCCUGAUGGCGAAAAAUAA